AGAUCCUGUUCCAAUUUCUGUCUAAAUGACUUUGCAUCAUAUAUAAACUUUUUAAAACCAGUUUUCAUUUUAGUCAGGCUAUCAGUUGAGUCGAAAUUCAAUUAAGAGGACUUUGAGGAGUACAGCUAUCCCGACAGCUAUAAGAAUUCUUGUAGUCAGGGGAAAGAAGACUGCAGGCGACUGAAGCUUCGAAACGCACGAAAAACAAUUUGGACCCUAGUCAUAUUCGGAAGAUCGAGGUUGCAAUGGGCGCAGAGUCGCAGAACAUCUCGAUGAAUGUCGAAUGGGUGUGGGCACCUGUUACGUGGGAAUGGUGGCAGAUUAUCCAAUUAGUCCUAGCCAUCAUUGGAAUCUUAGGAAACCUGAUGGUGAUGCUGGUGAUCUUCAGGCCAAACCGGAAGCGCUGCGCAACCGACACCCUGAUAGGAGCACUGGCCGUUGCCGACUUCCUCACGUCCAUCUUUAUCAUACCGCAUCCUCAUGCCAUCCAGCUUCCUGAAACCUUCGGAGGCGAGUUCUACUGCAGGAUCAUCCACACUUCCAUCCUGAUGUGGAUAUCUAUCUGCGCAUCAAUCUUCACCCUGACAACCAUAUCAAUCGAGAGAUUGGUAGCUGUACGCUUUCCAAUCUGGUUUCAACGUCUUUUUUCCCCAAAGCGCACCUCCAUCGGAGUCGUCUUCAUCUGGAUUGCCGCCUUUGUAAUCAACAUCGGAAGUCUCUAUGCCCACUUCGUAAGAGACAACCAGUGCAUCCUUUCGUUGCCAGUGGCCUUUCACAAGUUCCUUGGCGUUUGUCUAUUCGUUCUUGAGUACGUCGUUCCCGUCUUCAUCAUGGUGACAUCGCACGGUUGGACGAUCUACAGCCUUCGCCAGCGUCGAGCCACAGCACUCCGUCAGGUUGAGAAUCGUGUCCUUCAAACACUCCUCAUCGUCGUCAUCACGUUCAUCAUCUGCUGGACACCUGAUCAGUUUGGAUUCCUUGUCUUCAACCUCGGGGUCGUCCCGUUCACCCACCUCUUCAGUCCUCUCUACAGAUGCUUCGUCAUCUUGGCCUUCGCCAACUCCUGCGCCAACCCUUUCAUUUAUGCAGCAAGGAUGCCUAGGUUCAGGAAGGCUAUGAUGGAUCUAUUCUGUAUUAAGAGCAUCUCACGUGGAGAUGGUGUUCCGUCCGUCUUCGCAGGUGACGGUGAAGGGAGAUCAGAUGAAGUUGAGAUAAAAACAAAAUCAUCAUCCGUCGCUUCACUCUCGUAAAGGUUUAUUCAGGAAUGAAGUUAAGUUCUCAUGGAUCAAUACUUACCCUGCGUAAAAUUUACCUGGCUGUAACUCACAGUAUUACCAUAGGUUCAGCCAGAGGUGUCGAACCUGGGGGGGGGGGGCAGGGGG